AUGAGCAUAAAUCCACAGGAACAGACCUACAUUGAGUAUCUCAACUAUGACUGGGACUCGUGUGCAGACUUCCAGGAGGGCAUUGCUGAGAUUAUGGAACAGUACCAGGACCAGUUGCAGGAGAAUGCUAUGCCCGGUGAGGUGAAACAGAUCCUGGCUUUGGAGAGGGACCAGUUGAUCAACCAGGCGAAGGUGUUCUUUUUCUGCUCGCAGACCGGCAACAUCUUGAGCUUGGAGGACUACGAGGAGUGGAAAUUGCACAACGGGAGUAAGCACUCACAUGCCAAGAUCAUGGAGAUUGAGGAGGCCGAGGCUCCGAAGGUGAACGCUACGAGCUCCCAAAUACCACCGUAUUCCUCUAACUACCAGGAGUUGGUGGGCAUGAUUACGCAGGGGAAGGAAAUCCCGGGGAUCAUGCAGAUUCCAGACACCGUUCUCGCCCACCAGGCCACUGAGUCUUCUGCAGCGCAGAGAAAGAAGCCGUGGGAGACCUAAGUAAUGAUUAAUAUACGAGUACAUAACAAAGCGU